AUGCUCCCCUCCAACACCACAGACGCUGAAGGAGUAGGUAUACCUCUCUCAGUGAACUUUGACAGUCCUGUGGAUUAUGCCAUUUUUAUUUUUCAAUUUAUCUUUGCAACAACUGCUGUUCUGGUACCAGGACAUUUAGUCAUCACCAUAUUGUCCACCAAAGCCCUCCACCUCCAGAACAGGUUAAUUUUCAUGCUGAACACCAGUAUUUGUGACACACUGGUGGGGUGUUCAGUGUAUUAUCUCGGUCUGUUUGAUGUGCAGGAAGGAUUUCCUUCGAGAAAUGGCAGUUAUAAUAUGUUACCUUCUCUUCUUGGGGUAAACUUAAUGACGUUUUUAUUUGCACAGUUUGACCGCUAUUUUGCUGUUUGCCACCCAUAUUUGUACACGCGCUUCAUAACCCGACGGGUGGUAAUCUCAGUAAAUGCCUGCUGUUGGAUUCAUGUUUAUUUUCAGACCAUCAUUUUACUGCUCUUGCCACUUUCCAGAGCGAUACAGAUGUAUGUUUUCGGAAUUGUCAGCUUACAAAUCAUAGUGCUCACCAAAGUGAUCAUGACUAUCAAACUGUAUGUUGUUGCCACACUGUAA